GGGGGGUGCAGCGCGCGCUUCAAGAUGGCGGCUGCGGGGCCCGAGUCCGGCGGUAGUAGCGGCAGCAGCGGAGGCCUCGGCGGAUCCAGCACCUUAAAAAAAUCCCUGACUCCUGAGAUGCCAGGAGGAUCCCAAACCAUCCGGAAGGGCCAUAGAGGUGUGGAUUCCACAGGGGAAACCACCUACAAAAAGACCACGUCGUCAGCGCUGAAGGGCGCCAUCCAGCUGGGCAUUACGCACACCGUGGGCAGCCUGAGCACCAAGCCUGAGCGGGACGUGCUCAUGCAGGAUUUCUACGUUGUGGAGAGCAUCUUCUUUCCCAGCGAGGGCAGCAACCUGACCCCUGCCCACCACUACAACGAUUUCCGGUUCAAGACCUACGCGCCUGUGGCCUUCCGCUACUUCCGGGAGCUCUUCGGGAUCCGCCCGGAUGAUUACUUGUAUUCCCUGUGCAGCGAACCCCUGAUCGAGCUCUGCAACUCGGGUGCUAGCGGUUCCCUGUUCUACGUCUCCAGUGAUGACGAGUUCAUCAUCAAAACUGUGCAGCACAAGGAGGCUGAGUUCCUGCAGAAGCUCCUGCCUGGGUAUUACAUGAACCUGAACCAAAACCCACGGACCCUCCUUCCCAAAUUUUAUGGGCUGUACUGCGUGCAGGCUGGGGGGAAGAACAUCCGGAUCGUGGUGAUGAAUAACCUCCUGCCCCGCUCCGUGAGGAUGCACCUCAAGUACGACCUCAAGGGCUCCACUUACAAACGCCGGGCGUCCCAAAAAGAGCGGGAAAAGGUUUUCCCCACCUUCAAGGACUUGGAUUUCAUGCAGGACAUUCCCGACGGGCUCUUCCUGGACUCGGAUAUGUACAACGCCCUGUGUAAGACGCUGCAGAGGGAUUGCUUGGUUCUCCAGAGUUUCAAGAUCAUGGAUUACAGCCUGCUGGUGGCCAUCCACAACCUGGACCAGGCGCAGCGGGAACGCGCGGCCGGGAAUUCCGGCGGGGAUGGGCGCGGGCGGCCGGCGGCGCAGAGAGCGCUCUACUCCACGGCCAUGGAGUCCAUCCAGGGAGAGGCUCGGAGAGGAGGAACCUUCGAGACUGAUGACCAGAUGGGUGGAAUUCCCGCCCGGAAUUCCCGGGGGGAGCGGCUGCUGCUCUACGUCGGCAUCAUCGAUGUCCUGCAGUCCUACAGGUUCGUGAAGAAGCUUGAGCACUCCUGGAAGGCUUUGGUGCACGAUGGGGACACGGUGUCUGUUCACCGGCCCAGCUUCUAUGCCGAGCGCUUCCAACGCUUCAUGUGCCACACAGUAUUCCGGAAAAUCCCAUUGAAACCUUCCCCAUCCAAGAAGAGCCGGAGCGGUGGCACCGUUCCCAGGAGGAGCUGCCAGGGGGGGAUCCCGAUCCCAGCCCCAAUCCCGGGAGCUGGGGAUGCCAGGGCUCACCUGGGCACAGACAUGGACCUGGAGCAAGGUUCCCGGCCGGAUCUGCUCCCACAUCCCGGCAGUGACUCGGUGCCCACGUCCCUGUCCCUGUCCAGCCCCUCCCUCGGCAGUGCUGGUGCCGGAUCCCCCCCCAGCAGGUCCGUGGGGGUGGAAGUUCACCCGGGGCCUGGAGCAACUCCCGGAGUUUCCCUGCCCAGCGUAUCCCCUGGCCCUUCCCUGCCCCUGGAGGAGCUGCAGGAGACUGAGAUCAGCUUUUGAAUCGGCACCAACAGAAUCCCAAAAAUCCCUUGGAAUUCCUUCUUUUCCCACCGAUCCUGGGAGCUGGAAAACCAGGAAUCCCCCUCGGAAAAAGGAGGAAUGUCGGGAUUCCCCCUGGAAUUCUCGGAGCCGCCGAAUUCAUUGGAAAACCGAGGACGAGUGGGAUGAAAACCUUGGGAAAAGGGACUUGAAAUUCCCAGGAAUUCCCGAAUUUUGGGAUGAGAAAAAAAAGAAAAAAAAUGGAGAGAAUUCCUGGAAAAUUCCCAGUGGGAUUUGGAGCUGCACCAGAUUUUUUCAGGAUUUUUUUAUUUUUUAAAUUUUCUUUGGAUUCCAUCCCGGUUUUUUAGUCCUGUGGGAAUUCUUGGGAUUAAGUAAUUAAUAAUAAUUAUUAAUUCUUACUUUUUAUUCAUAAAUUGGGAUUUGCUCCAGGUUUCUCAAUGAAAAUCCCCCGGAAAAAAAGAGGGAAAAAUCAUGGAAAAGCUCCUGACUCCUCCUCCCUUUUUCCCACCAGGAAUUUUGGGAAGCUUUUCCCACCAUCAGGGAAGAUUUUUUGGGGAUUUUUUUUAUCUUUUUGAGGGAUUGUUUUGGUAUCUUCAGAAUCCAAGCCUAUCCUGGGAUUUCCACCCCAGUUUUUGGAGGAUUUCCCUCCAAAUUCCACUUUUCCAGUCCCUAAAUCCCAUUUUUUUAGGACCUCUGACCUUCCCAGAAAAUUCCAGGAGCAGAUUUUGGGACGGAAAAUAAUAAUAAUAAUAAUAAAAAAAACAUGGAAUGAGGAAUUUCCCACCUGGAUCCAUCCCAAGAAUCUUGGAGUAACCCUUGGGGUUGGAGCUGAUUUUUGCUCCAUCACUGGUGUUUGUUUUUUUUUUAAUGGAAAAACCCCAACUUUUUCCCAGAAUUCCCACUUGGAAAAAAAUCCUGAAUUUCUUUACAAAAACUCUGGAAUUUUAAUUUUUUUAUGCUGAACAAAAAACACGGACUGUAGAGCGGGGAGGGAAUUUUUUCCAGGAUAUUCCUGAGGCUCUUUCCACCUUUCCCAGGUUUUUUUUAAGGGAAAACCGAGGUUUUCUGCCCUCAAAUCCCAGAUUUUUCCCCUGUGGAAUGGCCUUAUCCCAGGAACGCGCAGCUUAAGGGCUCUCAGCAAUUCCCACCUGGAUUUUUCCAAGAUGCCCUGAGGGAAUUUGGGGAAAAUUGCAUUGUAUUUUCCUUUAUUUCCAUGAAUUUCCCCCUUUUUCCUUGGAAUAUUUGUCUAUAUUAGACAAAUUCCCUCCCAAUCCCAUUUGAUUCCCAUUUUUUAACGGAUCAGGAGGGGAGAACCACCCCAAUUUCUCAAAUUUUUUUUGCCAAUCAGAAUGGAAUAUUUAUCAUUAUUUAAAUAUUUUUGUGAUAAUUCCUCUUUUUCCUGGGAAUUCUCCUCAUCCAGAGGCUGGGAGGGGGAGGUGGGGUUAGAAAUUUGGCAUCAGGGGUUUUUUUGGGGGGGGGGGGGGGGUGGAUUUCCCUGUUCCAAAGGGGAAAUUUGGGAUUUCUUGGGGGGACAUUUUCAAGGAGAAAAAGACGUUUUGGUGUGGAAUUAAUGGAUUUUUCCUGGAUUGAGAGUGUAAUUCAUGGAAUUUUCUUGGACUUGGAACAGAAUUCAUGGAAUUUUCCUGGACUUGGGACAGAAUUAUCAUGAUGAUGCAAUGGAAUUUUAGACACGAA